UGAACAAAGAAUAUUUUUUUGAUUGCCACAGCCCAGAUUUAAGCAUCAGAUUGUCGUACUAAAACAAAUUUCACCAUUGAGCAAUAAUUCCAAUUUGCAAUAUUUCCUCAAUUUUGGACCACGCACAAAAUCAGCCCCACUGUCCACGGGGAGUGACCACCACUGGCGAGCUUGGCAGCCAGGAAAUCAAAUUUAUUAAUGAACAAUUGAUAAGAUGGCGAACGUCGAAGAGGAACUCUUUUCCAGCUGUGCAAAUUGUUUUAAAAACUUUGAAAGUGAUGGGGACCGAAUAGUGCGGAUUUCGUAUUUCAAUGAUAACCAGAAUCAUAACAAGUCAGGAAAUCAAGAUAAUGACAUUAAGGAAGCCCAAGUGGAGGACGAAAAUGGCGAUGAACAAAAACGGGAAUCACAAGUGGAACACUUAAUUAAUGAACAUGUGGACACGUCAUCGAGUUAUCACCAUGAUUUGGGGGAAGGACAAGAAACAUUGGAAUUGUCAGUUGUCACUUUGGAAGGCGUGGGAGUUGGUGUGGGGGGGCACCACUUUCAGGUUGACGUCGAGGAGGCACAACAUUUGAUUGACUCCGGCGUAGAAGUAGAAACUGUGAGCAUAUUGGUAAAUAAGAAACCAUUCUUGGAUGCACUUAAUGCUCAAGGAAUGGAUUCUAUAAACCCCUCUGAGCAGCAGAAUCCACAAGCUCCCCACACGCUUGAAGAUCAAGAAAAGAACGAGUAUGACAGGGUCGUUGUCGUUGAAGAAGGUGUGACUGUUGUUGAAGCACUCUCAGUUAUAUUUGGCAUCCCUCUUGAAUCUGGAACCACAGCUGCUGGCGACUUUGCUUGGAAAAAAGACGAUCCUUGUGCUCUCUGUCAGAGAUGUGCCCAAGUGGUCACCAUCUUAUACUCGGCUUUCCAAGAGUUUAACUCCUUAUCCGUGGAAUCUUCAUACGUAUCGAAAGGGAUAAAACAGUUUCUUCACAGGAUAAACUCAUUGAAUCGAAUGAGCCUUCAACAAAAUGAAGGGCAUGGAUUUCAAGCUGUAGGGACAAACGAACCACAACAGUUGGUCACUCCUGACAAGACUUACACUACGACGCAUAUAAAACAUCCAACAACUUCAAGGAAAAAGGCGGCGUCAUCUGGAAGAAGAAAUUCAAGCAUAAAACGAAUGAAACUUAUUCACGAGGACGAGAUGAUUUCUGCGGACAUUAUGUCAGACGUGUCUUCUGAUUCCAAUUCUCUAUCGGAUUUGGAGAAUGAGAUAAUCGCAGAUGUCAACGAGGUUGUUCGAAAAACAAGAACAUCGAGUCGACCUCGUAUUGUUAAAAAACAAUCUUCGGAUUAUGAAGAACUCGAAUCUAGCGAAGAAGAACCAGAGGAGCCAUAUGAAGAUGACGAAGAUGAUGAUCCCAACUUUGAUGCUGCGGAGGAGAUUCAGGGCAUAAAAAUUUCCCAAGAACAACUCACGCUGAGAAGGUUGUCUGACAUAUGUGCCGGAGUGUUAGAGCACAAAGAAGAGGAUUUGCAGAUGGAUAGUGAAGGGAAAUUUAUAUGCCCGGAUCCAGAAUGUCAUAAGGCUUUCAAAGGAGUAAGGACAUUGAAUAAACAUGUCGUUAUUCACAAACUAAGAGAAACCCCAGUUUGUCCAAAGUGUAGCUUGGAAUUUGACACCUUAGAAGAACUUCACCGCCAUAUGACGUCCGUCCAUAACCCAUCCAAACUCAAACGACAGUCGCGUACCCCACUCCGGACAAAAAAGAGGAAAAUAAGACACGAUCUUGGAAGAGGAUCCGGUAAAACACAAACCUACACAUGUGUAACUUGUGGUGAAAAAUUUGGAAACACGUUGUUGCUUAUGCAACAUGAGAAAGAACAUGGUCCAGUCAACUGUCCAACCUGCGGCAAGGAGUUUUCAUCCCCUAAUUUGCUGAUGCGUCACCAAAAGGAUGUUCACGUGAAGAAAGAGAUUGACUUUUUCUGCCCAGAAUGUGGAGAAAUCUUUAAUAACUUGGAAUCGUUGUCCGCUCAUUUUGUUGAGAGCCACAACCAACAGCUCAAUUUUUGCACUCAUUGUGGAAAAUCUUUUCUCCGAUCACGAUUCUUGCUCCAGCACCUUAAAGAAACUCAUUUGAUACCAACGGAAGAUAUUAAAGUGGAAAAGUUAUCUGAUGACGAAGAGAAUGGGGAUGAGACAACGGAAGACAAUAACCCACUUCACGAGCCUGGCGAGAGGCCGAAAAAGUCGGAUCCAACUCCAUUCAAGUGCCCACAUUGCGAUAAAGAAUAUAAACGCAAAAAACAGUUGGACAUUCACAUCUUAUUCCACAAUGGGGAAGAACCACAACAUUUUUGUAAUUUUUGUUCAAAACGAUUCUUCCAAUUGAAAAGCUUGAAACGACAUCUGCUUCUUCACACCACCGACAAUCCUCAUGUUUGCGAACAAUGCGAUCGGGUUUUCCCAAGAGCCGAUCAUCUGAAACGUCACAUUGAAACUAGCCAUUCAAGUGAUGAGAAAUGCUUUCGCAAUAAAAAGAUAAAGAAAGAAUCCAAGGAUCCCGUUCAGUAUAAGUGCAAUGACUGCGAUAAAACGUUUACUCGCAAGGAGUACCUUAGGCUGCAUCAUAGAAUUCAUAGCGGCGAGAGACCAUUUAUGUGUUCUGACUGCGGAAAAACUUUUCGAGACCCUAGAAAUUUGGCACAACAUCUGGUCACGCAUAAGACGGACCGCCCAUUUUGCUGCAGUAUUUGCGGUCUUACCUUCAAGAGAGCUCAUCACUUGAAUGACCACGAAGGAACUCAUCGCGACGACGUCGCACGCCCAUUUGUCUGCGCACUACCCAAUUGUGGCAAGGCUUUCAAGCUCAAAAAACAUUUGAUCAGUCAUGAACUUGUCCAUAGUGGAACCAAAGAUCAUCAGUGUGAAGUCUGUGGUAAAGCGUUUAACAGAAAAGACAAUCUCAGGCAGCAUGUGAACAAAGUCCACGGAAAAGAAUCCUUUUCGGAUUUGAUACGAGUUCCUGCCGAAGUCCAAAUCGCACCUGGGCAGCAGGUUCAAAUCCAGGUUCAAACGCCAACUCUGGUACCAGUCACUGCCAUCACGGACGAUGGCAACAACACGACGACAAUUACAACCAUACAACUCCCUUCUCAAGUGUUUCAGGCCAUACCAGCCACGCACUUUACUUACACUCAUCUGUAAUACGUCCUUAUGUGCAAAAUUACGAGAGAUUUUUUGUUUGUGAGAAAGGAUAGAUGAAACGGAAUGCAGAUGUAUGUAUACACAAUAUUUAAUACCAUAUUUUCGAUGAUCAACAAUCUUUAAGUACAAAAAAUAUAUACUAUUUAACGUGUCCCAUAAAUAUAUCCUAGACAUUGUCAAUCGACAUAUUUGAUACAUACUAUGCGGAAUACAUUUUAAAUCUUACCCGACCAUAAAAAUUUUAAAAUAAAAUAUAUUAUAUUUAUA